CCCAUCUUCGUUCUGUGUUGAACAGAGCACCUUUUCCCUCUUCCUCGUCUCUCUCUGUGUAACACCUCAUUUCUCUCUCUCACUCUCACUCUCACUCUGAUCAUUGUUAUCAGAAUCUUUCCUCUGCCAAAUUAAAACUCCAUUUCCCCAUUUAUUUCACUCUUUUCUUCUUUCUUUCUCCUUCCCUUCCUCCUUCCUCCUUCCUCCAUUUUACUCUCCUUUCCCCUUUCUUCUUCUCCCAUGCCGUUUUCCCUUUGAUUUCACCAUAUGGCUCCUCUCCUCUUCUUCCUCUCUACAAUGCCCAUUUCAAGCCUUUUUCUCCUUUUCUCUUUUCUUUCUCUGUUUCUCUCACCCCUUUCCGCCGCCGCUGACCGGAACUUCCUCCUCCUCCACCACCACCGUCACCACCGCCACCUUCUCCACCAACCCUUUUUCCCAUGGACUUCUUUACCUCCAUCUCAAGCUCCAUCUUCUCUUUCUCCCUUGUCUCAACCACAGCACCUACAGCCUAAACUCCCCUUUUCCUCCAACUCAUUUUCCUCUCCCCCUAAACCCUUUUUUCCAUCCUACCCUUCCUCGCCACCGCCGCCUCCCUCGCCUCCUUCGACGGCGCUUCCUACAUUUCCGGCCAACAUUUCUGCUCUUCUCUUCCCGCAGCCUACUUCUUCUUCCCAACACCUCCACCGCCAUGUCUUCGCCAUUGUCAUCUCUGUUUCUCUUGUCUUCUCUGUUCUUGUUUUUUUCGUUGCUCUGUUUUACUACUUUCGAAACCGGAACCGACAAGUCUCUGCUACUGAUAAGGCCUCUAGAACUGAUAAUCUUCGGCUCUACCCUCCGGAUAUUGACACUUCUGAUGGAGUUCAUAAGAACAGAACCUCUUCCACUACCACCUCCAAGUUUCUUUAUCUUGGGACUUUGGCUACUUCUCGAGAGAUUGAUGAACAGGCUGCUGGAGCCGUGGAGGAGGGUGGUGGCGGAAUCGUCGAGUCUGUUUCUCCAGUGAAAAUGGGGUCGCCGGAGCUGAAUCCCCUUCCACCGCUUCCCCGCCGGAAUUUCGCAGACGAUUAUCGGAGGAAUGCUGAUGGUAAUGAUGAUGAUGAUGAUGACUACGAUCGCGACGACGAAGAGUUUUUUUCACCAAGAGGGUCUUCCGUCGGCGGUAAGGAGAAUGUGGGGAGUAACAGAAGAUUGAGCCCUGUGAAGUUGUUUCAUAAUGUGGAAACUGAAAAUUUUUUGAGGAAAAGCUAUAAUUCCAGUUUGAAUUCUGGUUCUCCCUCUGUUUCUCUUCCCAAUAGUCCUUCUCCGCCAUUGAUGUUGAGCCCCACUAGCUUGAGAUCAAAGUCUCCGGACUCCAUUAUUAGAUUCCCUGUUCCUUUACGGCCAUUGCCAACGCUUCCAGUACCACCAUCACCGUCGUUCUCCUCUGCUUCUUCGCCACUGGGAGGUUCUGGGAACACUAAGAACUCGCCAUCGAGGGAUUCUGAUUUUCCGGAGCUGCCUCGGCAGUUUUCAGAUGGAUCUAGGAUGGAUUACCAGCAACCAUUGCCAGUGAAACUACCAACAGCCCCUCCUCUGCGUCCGCCACCGCCACCUCCUCCUCCUCCAAUGUUUUGGGAGAUUCCUCAAUCUUCCUCUCUUCUCAACAAGGAACCAAAUCUAGGUCCACCAGUACUCACCGUGCCAACAAGACCGAUACUCUCACAGAACAUAGCUCAUAUGUCAGCAGGAGAGCAAUCAAACACCAUUGUAGAUGCAGAGAGAGCGGAAGAAACUUUGAAGCCGAAACUGAAGGCAUUGCAUUGGGACAAAGUUCGGAUGAGCUCUGAUCGAGCAAUGGUGUGGGAUCAGAUCAAAUCGAGUUCUUUUCAGUUGAAUGAGGAAAUGAUUGAAUCACUUUUUAUGGUGAAUAAUCAUAAUUCCAAUAUCAUGAGCAAAGAAAAUGGUAGUGUUCAUCAAAACAUGCCUUUAGGGAGCCAAGAGAAUCGAGUUCUUGAUCCUAAGAAGUCUCAGAAUAUUGCAAUUUUGUUGAGGGCACUUAAUGUUACCAUAGAAGAGGUCUUAGAAGCCCUUUUGGAAGGAAACUCAGAUGCGCUGUGUACUGAACUGCUCGAAAGUUUACUGAAAAUGGCGCCAACCGAAGAAGAAGAGCGUAGUUUGAAAGAAUACAAAGACGAUUCACCUUUUAAACUUGGCCCAGCCGAGAAAUUCCUCAAGGUAGUUCUUGAUAUACCAUUUGCAUUCAAAAGGGUGGAUGCAAUGCUUUACAUGGCCAAUUUCGAUUCUGAGGUUGAGUACCUCAUUCGGUCCUUUACAACUCUUGAGGCUGCUUGUACAGAAUUGAAGAACAGCAGAAUGUUUCUCAAACUUCUUGAAGCAGUGCUCAAAACUGGGAACCGGAUGAAUGUAGGCACGGACAGAGGCGACGCACAUGCUUUUAAACUUGACACUCUUCUCAAGCUUGUUGAUAUCAAGGGCACUGAUGGAAAAACUACUCUCUUGCAUUUUGUAGUACAGGAGAUUAUUAGAGCUGAAGGUUAUCGACACUCCACCUCCGACAACAACCUGACAGCUGAUAAUACUCAGCAAUCUUCCUUAACAAAUGACGUCGAGUUUCGAAAGCUUGGUCUUCAAGUCGUUUCAGGUCUUAGUAGGGAGCUAUCCAAUGUGAAAAAAGCUGCAUUAAUGGAUGCAGAUGUACUUAUCCACGACAUAGGGAAACUUGCUGGAGGGAUCACAAAAAUCACAGAGGUCAUUAGAUUGAACGAAGACAUGCUGAAAGGAGGGAGUCGGUCGAAUUUCUCUGAUGCCAUGAACAAGUUCUUGGGCAAGGCAGCAGAAGAAGUAUCAAGGAUACAAGUUCAAGAAGGCAUUGUCCUCACCAUGGUAAAGGAAAUAACCGAAUACUUUCAUGGAAACCUAGCAAAAGAAGAAGCUCGGCCGCUGCGCAUUUUUAUGGUGGUAAAGGAUUUUCUUGCCAUCUUAGAUCAGGUAUGCAAAGAAGUUGGAAGAAUCAAUGAAAGAACAAUAGUUGGUUCGGCUCGUCAAUUUACGGGCCCUAUGAAUCCAUGUCUUCCAUCGGUUUUCCCCGGAUUAUGCGAAAGCCAGCGCUAUGGUUCGUCUGAUGACGAUAGUUCAUCUUCCUCAUCAUAGAACCUCUUUGGUUUUGAAUUAUAUAUGUUGUUUCCAAAAGAUGGAUGGUGUUUACAAGUUGGCAUGGAUCUGCUUUGGUAUUUUGGUUCAAUAGUUUUUGUUUGUAAAUAUGUUCAUAUCAAAGCAGUUUUAAGAAAGACGUGGAAGUCUCGUCUCCAUCUGUUUUUAGUCAUGGAAAUUGUUUAGUUUUCAACGAUGGAUACAAUUUUACCCUUCCUAUCUCAUAGCAAAGGGUUUCAUUUUUAAUAGAAGAUGUUAAAUAUCUAUUUGAUAAA